CUUUGCUUUGCUUCCUCCCUCAAUCUUUGUUGCACUUGAUCGGUGUGUAUAACCCUGUGAAUUAGAUUGACCGCAGCAUCCUUGGACUCAACACCCUUCUUUCGCCGUUAAGACGACCACGGACAGAUCCCGGCCCGUUCACCGAAUUCGUUGCGCUUCCCCCGGCUUGCCAGCUCCCCUGGCCUAGGGUUACCAAUCAUGUCUUCAUCCGAUGAGGGUGUGGUUCGCCGUCCGGCGCGUGGCCCAGGUGCUGGUCACCAACCACCUAGUCCGUCCGGAAGUGAACGCAGCAAUGGUCCUGCCGCUCGGGAUCAAAGCCCCAUGGGCUCGGACGCGCCGAACAUGAAUGGCGAUGACGAUGAUGCGGACCUGUUCGGCUCGGAAGGAUCAGACGCGGGAAUGGAUCACGAUCGACCUCAACGAUCACUCGACGAUCAGGAAUUGGAUUCGGCCGAUGACGAGGAUCGCUAUGACCGCACGGGAGAUCGCAUGGACUACGAGGGAGCGGAAGAUGAGUACCAGGAGACGGUGAACAUUAUGGAUCUGAGCCUAGGCCGCGCGCCGGAACCGCUCACUUCCAAGGAUGAGGUCUACACCAUGCCGGUACCCGGCUUCCUGUCCGUGGAAACCGAAGAAUUCAACCCCGAGACCUAUGUCGCACCUCCAUAUGCUACCGCGGCGACCUCGCUUUGUUGGCGCCACGACCCUAACGACGACUCACUCCUGCAGUCGAACGCCCGAAUUGUGCGCUGGGAGGAUGGAUCCAUGACCCUGCAACUGGCGUCCGCGCCCAAAGAGCAAUACCGGAUCUCGACCAAGCCAUUGGCUCCCCUCAACAAGUCCGGAGAUUAUGACACCAAGUUGGAUUCCCACGUAUACCUGGGAGCCGCCGCAGAAGCGUCAUCGGUCUUCCGACUGACCUCGCACUUAACCCACGGCCUCACCGUGAACCCGACCACGAUGGAGACCGACGACGCGGUGCAACGUCUCCAAGAAUCGCUGGCCGCGGCCACCCGAGGCGGCAAGAAGACAGUCGACGGGUCCGCACCCGUCAUCGACGUAAAGGAGGACCCCGAGCUGGCCAAACGACAGGCCGAGAUGGCGGAGCGCGAGAAGCUGAAGGCCGCCCGACGGCGCCAGCAGCUCGCCGACCGAGAGCUGGACCGCGGUCGUCGCGUGGGCGUCUCUCACCGAUCCGGCGGGGCCGGUCUGACGGUGGGCGGCCUGGAGGACGACGACGGGCUUAUGACCACGCGGGCAAAGAAGACACGGCGGCCCAACCGUCGGGGCGAAAUCUACACGGACGACGAAGAAGACUACGACCGGCGGGGACGCACGCGGGAAGACGAAUACGACGAGGACGACGGGUUUUUGGUCGGCAGUGACGAGGAGCCAGAAGUGGCGGACGACGACGACGACGAAGACGUGCUGGAGGAUGACGAUAUGGAUGCGGAAGGCGAAGAGGAACGCGCCCCUGCUGCCCGUCCUAAACAGAGGGCAUCCCCCGAGGGUGCGGCUGGAACCCCCCCGGCCCGAAAGAAGCACCGAUACAUUGUGGACGACGACGAUGAAGAAUGAUUCCGUUGCCGCCUGAGUUUUCCUACGACCGUUCUACAUGCCUACCUGCUUCCCCCUCGCCAUCUUCUAUGUGUAUUGUUGACUCCAUUUUACCCCCGGAACGAUGAAAUUUCGCAUUUGGGUUUUGGGUGUUUAAUAUUGGCGAAAAGUUGGUGGGAUCCCUGAAUACAGGGAAUGGAUUUAGGGAAGGGAAUCAGAAAUGAAAUAGAUUGAGCGCCGAAAUAUGCG